CUUUCCUUGCUGACUUUGUAGGUGGUGCUCUAUUGAGUUCUAAUGCUGGAUGCUGCCAUGAAGAAGUCAGAGGCCAGCCUGGUAUCCUCCCCCUUGCUCCAUGUUAGGCGCUGGGGACACAGAGGUGAACAAGACACUCAAGACACCUGCCCCAUGGAGUUUAUAUUCAAGACAAGGAAACAGAGGCUUUGUGAGGUCAAGUGACCACCCGGGGCGCCUAGACGGGAAUCUCCGGAGACCUUGGUGCCUUGCUGACCAGAUCCGAGCGUGUGUAACAAUAAACAGUCUCCAGCGAAAGGACAUUUAUCUGAAGUCUCAGGAAUGGAGACGAUAAGCGGAUGGAAAGCCGAAAAUGAUUUCCCAGAAUCCCUUACAGCUAGUGUUCCAAAUGCGGAUUCGUUUCCGGCCCUGGGUGCCACUGUGCGAGAUCUGGAAGCUUGGUUCCGGGGCAGUGCUCCACCUCCUGGGGGCCAUCCGCCGUGGCCAGGCAGGGGAGCUGCAGCCUCCAAAGCUAGAGGUUCUGGAGGACAUGAUGAAGGUCAGCUUAGCAUCGCCUGUCCAGAGGCCCAGAAGGAAGGAAAGGCCCAGGGCCCAGGGCCCCACCAGGUGCCAGGAGGGGGCUCCUCUUCGUGAGGCCUGUGCUGAGUGUCCCGGGUGCGGCCCAGUGGAGGCUAAAGAGGAGGAGGCUGGUGAACAAGACGGGGGAGAGGACUCAGCUCAGCUUCAGCCCCAACAGGAGAAGCUAUCCCUGGAUAUCGGGGUACGGGGUACGGUGGUCCGUGCCAUGCAGGAGGUGCUGUGGAGUCGCCUGCAGGAGCUCCCAGAUCUGGUGCUGAGUGAGGAGGCGGUGGAGGGCAUCGCUGUUGGUAUUGAGACAGCCCUCUUCGACCUGAUACAAGCCACCAGCUGUCGCUACAAGACCAAGUACCGCAGCCUGCUGUUCAACCUGCGUGACCCCCGGAAUCCGGACCUGUUUCUCAAAGUGGUUCAGGGAGAUGUCACCCCCCACGACCUGGUGCGGAUGAACUCCACCCAGCUGGCCCCCCAAGAGCUGGCCCGCUGGCGGGACCAGGAGGAAAAAAGGGGCCUGGAGAUCAUUGAGCAGCAACAGAAGGAGCCGUGCAGCCUCCCAGCCUUCAAACUGACCCACAAGGGUGAGGUCGAGAUCCUGCGGGACGUGGACCAGACACUGACCUUGGAGGAUAUGGUGGGACCCAUGGUGUCCAUGGACUGCAGCCCACUGGCCCUGCCUGCCACGUUGAAGGCCACCACAGAGCAGGACGAGGACACCACGGGGCAGCACGAGCACCACUUCCUGGACCCCAGCUGCUGCAUCUGCAUGGAUUGGAAGCCCUCGGGUGAGCUGCCAGGCUCCUUCAAAGCUACUAGGAGGAUAGGGGACAGUGUCUUCCAGAGAGCCCCAAGCCCAACCCUCGCGUCCUCUCCAGAGAUGCCCCAAACUAGGGAGAAGCAUCCCCCACAGCUCCAGGACAGGCUCCAGAUGCCUGCUGGACCCACAAAGGCCCUGCCCAGCCAGCCGCCCUGGGAGGGAGCUCUGGACAUGUUCUCCAUCAAGCGGUUCAGGGCCAAGGCCCAGCUGGUGUCUGGAAACAGCUGUCGGCUCCUCAUGACCCUGCCGGAGGUGAUCCGUUCAGCAGGCUGCAUCCCCUCCAAUACUGUCUGGGACCUUUUGGCCAGCAUCUGCCCGGCCGAGGCCAAGGACAUCUGCGUGGCCAGACUGUGCCCACACGGGGCUCGGGACACCCAGAACUGCCGGCUGCUCUAUUCCUACCUCAACAACAAGCAGCGCCAUGGCCUGGCAGCCUUGGAGCACGUGGGCGUGGUCCUGCUGCCCCUGCCGGCCUUCCAGCCCCUGCCCCCCAGACUGCGCCCUCUGGGAGGCCCCGGCCUGGAAGCCGCUCACUCAAGCCUGGUCCUAGCUGUGCUGCUCCCCAAAGCAGGGCUUCCAGUCACAGCAGAGUCCGGCCUUUUGUGGGGGAAGGUUCGAAAGAUGGUCUCCUUCAACAGAAAAGUGGAGAAGAGAUGCUACCAGCCAGAGGACAGGAGUCCCAGCGUGGCCCCAAAGGGCUCCCCUCUCCCAAGGGGCGCUCUGCAGCCGAGCCAGGGUGAUAGCAGCUUGGCUCCAAGGGGACUCUGUGCUUGGCAGAGGCCCCCCAGAGGCAGGGGGAGACUGUGGGGAGAGCCAGAGACCUGGCAGAGUCCUGGGCGAGGGCAGCGGCCCCCCAAACCACCCCGGUGCCCGUCCUGGCAGCCCUAUUCAGCAGCACCAUCUGGCCCCGGCCAGCACCUCCACAGGGCCUCCUGUCCCCACCAGGCCCUGCUCCAGCAUCUGGAAUCCCUGGUGUCCAUGAGCCACCAGCUCCAAGCCUCGUUGAGAUCCCCAGGCCAGGGGCUCUUCCCCCCAAUCCCUGCCCCAUCCCCUGCAGCCCCUGGAAUUCUUGGCCUACUUUGCCAGCCCCCUAUAGCUCCAGAGCCCCCUGGCCAGGCUUCCGACUCUUUGGGUCCUACAGAUGGAGCUUGCUCUGAGUGUACCUUCCCCGGAGAGACCUGACUCUCAUUACCCACCAGAAGAGAGACAUUGAUUCCGUCCCCAGGAGAGAAUCCUGAGCUGUUCCGGAGGGAGGGGCAGAGGAAGAGGGGAGGGCCAGCUGUUUGAGAUUCUUGUUCUGCAGUCUGCUUGGUGUUGAUUUUUGGUUCAAUAAAGAGUUUGGCA